AUGGAUGUGCGACUUGCGAUGGGCUGCCUCAACAGCAUCACCUCUCGCCAAGCUAGGGCUCGAACUCUACUAGAGGGCCUGGUGGGUUCUACCUAUGGACUGCUAAGCCUGCAGAAGGCUCGUAACGUGCGCGUGCAUAAGAACGAGCUCCCUCAUAACAUUUGGAGGUUGCCCGCACUCCACAAACCUCAUUCACCUUCACUUGUCACUUCUUCCGUCACCAUGCUCUACCCGCUGCUACUCCUACCGGUAGUGGGAGCCGUCGAACGUCUCGUCUGGGGUGGCGCGACGCCUCUCAAGCAAUGCGAAGAGUCGACGAUAACAUGGACGGGCGGCACCCCGCCGUACAGCUUGCAGAUCCGCGUUGUCGACCCAGACGACUACCUAUCGAUGCUUAAAGCGGGAGAGACGGAUCGCUGGAUUGCCGAGAACAUCACCGAGUCGUCCUACGUCUGGCGCGUCGACUACGCCGCCGGUAACGGCAUCAUCUUCGGCGUCGAGGACAGCUCGAAUCCAAAACGCAUCACAGGCUCGUAUGCCGGCGCCCUCGCAAUAGAUUCCGGGACCAGCGACUGCGAGCUGGUACCGGUCCCCUCGUCAUCAUCCUCUUCCGCCGCGUUUCAGUCGACCACCUCCAGCAAAUCCCCCUCACAGGCCUCUCCGGUGAAGACCGUCGCCAAAAGCAGUCUCGCGCAGCCGACAAUUGUUGGGCAGCUGGUCUCUAGUAAAGGAGGCUCGACAAACGUCGGCGCCAUCGUCGGCGGCGUUGUGGGCGGGGUGCUCGGUCUCGCCCUGAUCAUAGGCGUCGUGGUGGGGAUCUGGCUCUGCACGCGGCGGCGACAGCGCGUCAAAGAGGAGAAAGAGGACUUCGUCAUUGACGACACGGCAGCCGCGAUGGAGCCCAUGGAAGCCAUGGAGACUGCCGUGCACCCGAUCACACCGUAUCGGGGCGAGAGCAAAUCGAGCUACGGCACUGGUCCGGGCACACCGACGUUGGUGCCGCUCCUGCCUUCAGACGCGCAGCCGCCCACGGCUUACGCUCUGUCGCCUCACUCGCUGCAGACCCAGCAGGUGCAUGCACCAUUCGCUAUGCCGGGACCGUACUCCCCAGCAUCUCCGCGCAUACCGCCGAGCGAAUAUGCCAGCGAGUACGCCGUAGACGCCGGCCCGGUAAGGGAACAGCACCCGCCGAGGUACGACCCGAGGUGGUCACAGCGCCCAGGAAAGCCAUAG